UUGUCUAGAGUGCUGUACCUCCACAAUGGAUGUUCUUGACUCCAAUUGCUUGUGCUUCUGGUGGAGAUUCGCACUGGGUUUAAGUAUCUGCAAUGGUGUUUUUAGUAUUAUUAGUAAACGCUGCAUAACCACCGAGGAGCAUCUCCUCAGAGACAUGCCGAAGACUCCAUACUGCUACCAUUAUCCAGGAAGGGGUCCAUACACAGACUGCAAUAUUACAGACCUCCGCACUGAUCUGUCAGAGGUAGGCCUUCAAGUUCGAUCCCUUUGUAUCUACGGCGAUUUUUCAAGCAUUCCUGCUGAUGCCUUUUCACGCUUAUCUUCAUUGGAGGUCCUUCAAAUAGAUGGGAUAAGACUGAAGAGGGUUCAAUCUGGUGCAUUUUCGGGACUCCCCAAUCUGAAGUAUUUGUUGGUGCUUUUUAACGAUGCUAUUUGCAGGUCAGUCUCCGUGGAAAGUCUCGCAUUUUUUGGUUUGACUAAUUUGGAAAAGCUGGCACUGAGAGGUCUAAAGUUAGUCAAUGUAUCCACCAGUAUAUUUGAUCCGUUGGUUAGCUUAAUCAGUCUAGAGAUUACCAGAACUUGCACACAGGACCUUAGUGAUAUUUUCUGUUAUCUUCCGGAGGGAAUGUCCCACCUGAAGAACCUGAGUGUGACAGACAGUGGGAUUGAAAAAAUUGAGACCAAAGCAUGUCCAGGUGGAUCAAAGACUUGGCCUGUGACUGUCUUGUCUGGGAUUCAAAACCUUUAUCUAAUAGGCAACAGUAUUGAAAUCAUUCAAGCUAACUCUCUAGUUGCAUUCCAGAACCUCUCCAGCCUCCAUCUGGAGUUCAAUGGCAAGUCGCUGGGUAGUAUUUGGGAGUCCGGGGUUGGAAAAGUCAGCGAGUUGAGCUUGAAAGGAAGUGUUGUAAAAAAAUAUUCAACAAACUUCAAAGAUGUGUGUCAUAUCAUCACCAGCCUUCAUGUUAAAUUGCUCAGCCUCGUUUUUACUUCAACAGAUAGAUUGACUGCAGAGGACUUAAAGGAGUGUGGGACAACUCUGAUAAAUGUAUUCAUCAGCAGAUCAGAAGUACACCACUUGGAUUUUAGUUUCUGGAAAGGAAACACAGGUAUGCAAGUAGUGCAAAUGACCUAUAUGACACUGACAGAAGCUCCGUUCUGUGUUGCCGCAAACGGCACUGUCUGGUCCUUAACCUUGAUGGACCUCACCGGAAACUCAAUUUCAGAACUUGGCGGAGACCAGUUCGCUUGCAUGCCUUUUCUCGAGCAGCUCAUUCUCAGCUUUAAUGCCAUAAAAACCAUACAGCUGCAUGCAUUCCGUGGUUUGCGUCACCUCAAAGUUCUCAAACUUGACUCAAACAAGAUCUCGCAGCUUACUGUGAAGUAUUUCAGAUCCCUUAUGGCUUUGGAGGUCCUGCUUAUCGAUAACAACAUCAUUGAGACUAUUGAGGAUGGGACAUUUCAGGACCAGCGGGAGCUUCGUGAACUGUCACUGGGUAGACUGGAGUAUAUUUAUGAGUUGCAUCUAAAUAUGAUUUUUUAUGUAUUUCCACCAAAAAUACAGCGACUAAGUAUUGAUGCACAUUAUGGAACUACUUUUAACCUGGAACAUACAUCACAGCCUGAGGAAACGUUUGUUCUGGAGCUAAAAGGAGACAGACUGGAUUUUGUGGACUGUGAUAAUAAUGUUCUUAAAGCAGUCAGAGAGCUAAAAGUGGUUUGCAACCUAUUUAUAUGCAAGAAUAACUUCAUGGCACCUUAUUUCCCAAACCUGGAAUCCUUUGAAAUCUCAGGAGGAGCUGAACGAGCACCUCUCAGUGACACUAAAAUCAGUACUCUGCACCAUCUCAAGCAUCUCAAGCUCAGCAACCUGAACUUUUCAAACUAUACAGAAGCUGGACGUGUCUUCUGGAACUUAACAAAACUCCAGACUCUAGUGCUGGUAAACUGCCAUCUGAGUUUCCUGACUGGGAGUAUGUUUAAGGACCUGACAUCUCUGCAGCUGCUGCGUCUCUACAGCGACAGUCCUCUGGUCUUGAUUGAUGGUGUGUUUGAAGUUCUUCCAGUGCUUACAGCGUUUGUUCUUGACAGAGUGGAUUUUCAGUGCAGUUGUGAAAACGGCUGGGUUCUUGACUGGGCAGAGAGCUCGGAAAAAGUGCAGGUUAUCUUCUUGCAGAAGCAGAAAUGUGUUUGGCACUAUCAGAUACUCAACUUCUUGGAGACCAUGGAGAAGCUCUGUCAGACUGAUGCGCAGUACAUUUGCUAUGUGGCCACAGCUGGCUGCGUUUGUCUUCUGCUGUCGGCAGCCGUUGGAUACCGCUUUGCUCGCUGGCCUUCUGUGGUCCUCUUCUUCCGCCUGAGAGGAUGGGUGGAGAGGAGGUUUGGUAGGCAGUGGAACAGGAGGAGGAGACGAGUCGAAGUGGCUGAUGGGGAGAUAGAGGAGAUGCAGUAUGAUGCUUUUGUGUCUUUCUGUAGCCGAGAUGAGGCCUGGGUCCUGGGGGAGAUGGCUCCUCGACUGGAGGAGCAAGGGAACCUGAGACUUAGGCUGUGUCUGCACAACAGAGACUUUGAGGUGGGUAAAGAUAUCAUGGACAACAUCACGGAGAGUAUCUACAGCAGUCAGUGCACUGUUUGUUUGAUCAGCCGCCGAUAUCUGCGCAGUGACUGGUGCAGUCUGGAGAUGCGAGUGGCCACACACCGGCAGCUGGAAUAUCAGAAACACCGUCUCAUCCUCGUCUUCCUCGAACACAUCUCUCCUUUUGAGCUUUCUGCUUUCCAUCGUUUAGCCAAACUGGUGAGAUCACGUACAUAUCUGGACUGGCCAGAGGAUGAAGGUGACAGAGUGCAUUUCUGGGAUCGUUUGAGGAGAAACAUUGCAGAGGAAUACACGGUGAGUAAAGAAUUAGCAGGAAACUGGCACAAGUCACUUUUUGACCCUUGGAAAAAUACAAAAUGACUAAAAUAUCGCAAAAAUCUAAACUGACGCUGUAAGAAAGAAUCAUGUUACAGGUAUUAAACUAUAUUUGAAAUAAUAUCUGAACUGUUUUACAGGAAGCUUCUUGAAACUACAUCUGGUGUGUUCCUGCUUAAAUACAAACUGUGAAGAAAAAACUGGUAACACUUUAGUAUAGGGAACAGUUCUCACUAAUAGUUACUUAUUAGCAUACCUAUUAUUAACAUAUCAGCUGUUUAUUAGUACUUAUAAAGCACCUAUUCUGCAUGACUAAAUUCUACAUCCCUAAUCCUACCCAAUACCUGAAUUUAACAACUACCUAACUAUUAAUAAGCAGCAAAUUAGGGGUUUAUUGAGGCAAAAGUCGUAGCUAAUGGUUAAUAGCGAGAACUGGACCUUUAAAUAAAGUGUGACCAACAAAUCUUACUGCUCCAUUUCAUAUUUUAAAAAUGCUUGUCACACUUUGAAAUGUGAUGCUUAUCAGUGAUAAUUACUUAGAGUAACUGACUAUAUGUUCAUGCUUUUAA